AUGGCCGCGAUCGCAACUUCGGAGGAGGCGGGCUUCGUCAGGAAAGGCAACUAUUGGAUCUGUAAGCUGUCGUCGGAAGAUGGCACCAUCUGCGAUCAGAGCUUCUUGCGUUCCAAGAAGGAACCUUUCCGAGAGCACAGGGUCAAUGUCCACUCUGAGGAGGGGCCACUCCCUGCUCUCAAGCCAGGCCGCGUCUCUACCAAAACGAAGGCCGAACACGAUGCUGAUCAUGCAGCAAGACAGGCGAGAUACGCAGCUAGGAACGGAAGCGAAGUCAUGAAGGAGCAGAGGGAUGCAUGCAAGCUCAAGAAGCAGCUCGAAAUCCAUAGGAACAGUUUCAAGAAGCAGUUCCCAUUCCAGUCGGACAUCUCUAAGCCUCAGCUCCGCCUCCCCGGCAUCAUGACUUUCCUGAGCAAUGGAAUCUCUCACACCCCUGGGGAGCUGGAUGAAAGCUCUUUCUGCGCGCAUACAAUGUGGGAAUUGGCGAGGCACAAGCUCUGUCUGGUCAGCCUUUCUCAGCUCUGCACAAAGGCGAAUCAUCCCAACCACAUCGCGCAAUCUGCGUUGCGUGCCUAUGUGGAACACGCAGGGUUGGACUUUGGGCAGGAUUCACUGAGCUGGUAUGAGGCAGCGGUGUGGAACCCAAUGAUGAAGAAGAUAGU